AUGGAUCCUCAAAUCCCGACCCAAAGACCUACCCACCUACAAGGGCGACAAUGCCAACUUCCAGCUGAGACCAAAUCCCUUCCCGAACUCCAGGAUGGCCAGCUCCUGAUCAAAACCCUCCUCAUGUCCAACGACCCGGCCCAACGCGCCUGGCUCAACGAGACGAAAGGCCUGUAUGUCGCGCCUGUCGCCCUCAACGGGCCCAUGCGCGCCCGCGGCAUCUGUGAGGUCCUCGAGUCCAAAUCGGAUAAGUUCAAGGUCGGGGACAAGGUUAGUUGCACGAUGGGCUGGGUUGAGUACGCGGUCGUGGAUGACAAGGAGUGUUUGCCUACGCCGGAGCCGCCGCAGGGCUUGAAUUAUAGUCACUACUUGGGCGCGUUGGGCGGGACGGGGUUGACGGCGUACUAUGGGCUGGUGGUGAUUGGGGAGGCGAAGGCGGGGCAGACGGUUGUUGUCAGUGGUGCGGCGGGCGCGACGGGGAGUAUGGUUGUGCAGAUUGCCAAGGGGAUUGUGGGGUGUGGGAAGAUUGUGGGGUUGGCGGGGAGUGAUGAGAAGUGUCGGUGGGUUGAGAAGUUGGGGGCGGAUGUUUGUGUGAAUUAUAAGGCGAAGGAUUGGAAGGAGCAGUUGGGGGAGGCGUGUGGGAAGGAUGGAGUGGAUGUUUAUUUUGAUAAUGUGGCGGGGGAGACGCUGGAUGAGAUGUUGGCGAAUUUGAAGCAGGGCGGGGUUGUGGUUGCUUGUGGUGGGAUCAGUGGGUAUAAUGAUGAUGAGCCGACUGUGCUUAAGAACUAUAUGUACACUGUCUUCCAGAGACUAUCCAUCCGAGGCUUUAUAGUCACGGACUAUCUCAGCAAGGCGAAGGAGACGAUUGAGCUGCUUGUCAAGUCUGCACAGGAAGGGAAGUUGAAGAUUGAUGAGGAGUCGGAGUCUGUGGUCCCAACGAAGUUCGAGGACAUCCCGAAGACAUGGCAUAUGCUGUUCGAAGGAGGGAAUCGGGGGAAGUUGGUGACGAAGAUAGUCGGGUAA